CUUCCUGGAAACACAGCUGCAGCUCAAAGAAAAUGGUCUUCCUUACCUGUAUCCUCGUUGUCUUCUCUGGCCUCUCCUUCUUCGAAAACUCAUCUGCCCACUUAUUUAUAUUGCAUCCCAUAAAUUCACUCUCUCAUCCUUACAAAACCCACUUAGCAAUUCUUCCAAUUAUCUCUCUGUUUCUCCAUUUUCAUACCAUCUCUAACUACAGACAUGUCUUCUUCACAAAAGCAAAACCCAUCACCCAAUUUCCAUGACUACCUGCCUGUUAUGGCCGACAAGCUUGGCGGCGAUGGUCUAAUCGGGGAGCUUUGCAAUGGGUUCAAUCUUUUGAUGGAUAGUGAAAAGGGUGUGAUCACUUUCGAGAGUCUUAAAAGGAAUUCUGCUAUUUUGGGAUUGCAAGAUUUGAGUGAUGAUGAUUUGAGGUGUAUGUUAAAGGAAGGUGACUUUGAUGGUGAUGGUGCACUCAACCAGAUGGAAUUCUGUGUUCUUAUGUUUAGAUUGAGCCCUGAGUUGAUGGAAGAGUCCCGAUUUUUGGUAGAGGAGGCUCUUCUACAGGAGUUGAACGAUUUUUCUUAUUGAAUCUUUUUCAUUCUCGGGUUUUGAUUUCCCAUUAAGGAUUUCCCCCUUUUACUUGCUAUUUUGUUCUUGGAUGUAAUGAUUACUAAUGUUACUACAUAAAAAUACAGAAAAAGAUGACAAAUUUACGGUUCAA